AUGUUCUUAAUUAUGAUAGAAAGAGAAAAUACUAUUUUUAAUGAGUGUCUACUAGGAUUCAAAAUAUUCUUCUCCUUCUCAGUUGCUAAUUGAUAUUCUCUUAUUUAAAUCAAAGAUAUUUCAAUAAAUACAUAAUAACUCUUCAAAAUAUUAAUAUACUCGUGCAUUGAAUUUCUUCAAUACGAAUCAAUCAACAGAUAAAAACAAGUAUAACUAAUAAUUUAUAUAUAAAUCUAUAUGCUCUUUGAAUAUCUUGUUUGAUGAGAAAAAAACUUAUUUGAUUAUUAUCUGAGCUUAUAUACAACGGCUCGGCAUUUUUCUAAAUUUUUAUUUACGAAUAUUUGUUCAUUGUAUAAAUUAUUUUCGGGCAAUACUUGGUUGUUGCCUGGGGCAGAUAUUUCAUAUAAUUUCGUGGUAUUAGAUGUUGCAAUGAGGUUAGAUUGUAGAAAAUAUAAUGAAUAGAGUAUGACUUCUUAUGUUAACAUGCAUUAUAACAGAGUGUAUUACUGUUCUUUCUUAUCAUCACUCACAUGUAAAUUAUUAUUCAACGAAGUGGAACGUUUUGCUUUAUAUGAAUAUUUCAGUCGUGUCUUUUUCAUUGGAAAAAUAAGCAAGAUAAAAUUAAAUUAUCAAAUAUUCUACAGUUGAUCAUAUACUUGGAAUAAUCUUGUUCAAAUAAGAUUUCUCAUUAAAACAAAUUGAUAAGUUAACCAACAAUAUCUUAUCUAAAUAAUAAAAUUAGUUUGUGUACCCAGUACUUUCGAAGUAGAAUUCAAUAUGUUUCAUUAAAACCUUCAGAUGAAAAUUAUUUUUUGUUAUUUGUAGAAGAUUUUUACAAAUAAAACUCUGUUUGAUGUUUCUUUCUGUUAACUUUCAACUUUUAAUUAGUUUAAAUCGAUACCAUUGAAAUAAAUCACGUGUUGCAAAUUUUUAAAAGGUCAUGUUGAGUCCACCUGAUUUUCUUGUUUUCUAUGAGAAAAGUAGAAAGAGACAAAGCUAAUCGAAUGUCGUCUUUUCGUUAUAUUAUUAUGCUUCAUCGGGUAUAUCAAAGAAAAUAGCAGUGACACAUUGUCGAUAAGUAUCAGUUUGUCACAAAUUUAAAUAGAAAAAUAGGUGAUUAGACCUUGUUUUUUUCAUUCAGUUACUGUAGAUACCGGUAAGAAAGACAAAACAAGAAUAAAAAAUACAAGCAGUUAUGUUCGUAUUAUCAUUACUUUUAUUUUUUAUGCCUGAAUAAUCACAGUGUCUGAUAAAUGUUUAAAUAUGUGUAUUUUUGUUAUGUAGUAUUAUUAUUCACUUUUUCUUUUAAUCAAACAGUGAAUAACAUUUGGACAUUAUUCAAAUAUGAUACAGUAAGUUAUUUUUUUAUUUUUUGUUUCUUCGUGUACAAAAUGACUGAUACAGACUUUUGUUAUGAGAUAAUAUCACAAAGCCAAUUUUAUUUUUGGUUCAGAAAUUUAUAUAGAUGCUAUUUUCUUAAAAGUUUCUGUGUGCAUUUUUGAAGAAUUGAAAAUAAUAUUUCUGAUUUACAUUUUAUAUAGGAUUAAAUUGGCUGAAACUGUGAGAAUCUUAAGUUGUAUCUAUAUAAUUACAAUUUUGUUCUCAAUAAACACUGCUCAAUCAUAUUCUCUCGAAGAUUUCGAUAAUAGAUAUGAGCAGCGUGAUGCAUCAAUCUCGUAUUUACGACAAUUGCUGAAACGUCUUCGAUUAAACAAUGAUGACAAUUUACAAUGGAGAAAAAGUAAAUAAUCAUGUAUUUUUCUAUGAUUUUAAUCUCUAACUUCAUUUAAUUAUUCAUACUAAUUCUAAUCAUGCUUAUAAAAUCAUUAUUUUAUAAUGUAACUUUUUCAUUUCAAUAUUUAUUUGAUAUGUUUAUUCUAAUUUUGAAUCUAUUAUUUUUCAGGAACAGAUGCAACACCAAAGUGCAAAGAAAUACUAUCAGGCAUGGGUUAUAGAGGUGAAGUUGGAUCAGUCAUAGAUAAUCUUGCAACAUAUCGGGAUUGUAUGAAUGUAUGUGAAAAUGAUAGUAAGUGCUAUGGAUGGUCAUAUAGAAACUCCACUAAGAGUUGUUGGCUUCAAACAUCGCUGCGUACAUUAUAUGGUGAUGGCUUAAAAAAUGGUGGAUCUUGUCUUGGUCCAGCUGCAAAGGAAACGCACUGCCAGGAAGUAUUAUCAGGCUGCUAUUACAGUGGUACUAAUAACGGUCCAGCAAUAAAGCAAGUGGCUACAUAUCAAGACUGCAUGAGUCAAUGUGAUGCAUCAGCAACAUGCAUGGCAUGGCAAUAUCGAGCAUCUAGUAAAAUCUGUCAGCUGCUAACUACAAUACAAUACAAUACAACUGAUGGGCAGUAUGUAACUGGAUCUUGUAUUAAACAACAAGCACCAUAUCCAUCAAUAAGUCUGGACACAUAUCGACAACAAGCAUUAGAUGAACAUAAUCUUUUACGUAAAAAACAUUGUGUACCGCCUCUAACAUUAGACCCAGCAUUGAAUGAUAUAGCACAAACCUAUGCACAGCAUUCAGCUGACACUCAUAUAUUUGCACAUAGUGGAAAUAAAUUCAACGGUCAGUGGAUGGGAGAAAAUAUAUUUGCGAUGAGUGGUGGAUCAUUAUUAUAUAAUAAAGGUGCAAGUCCAGUUGACGCCUGGUAUAAUGAAAUCCAAUCUUACAAUUGGUCAAAUCCUGGCUCUAAUGCAAUGAGCUAUGGACAUUUCACACAAGUAGUUUGGAAAGGUACAACUAACUUAGGUAUUGGUAGAGCAGUGACAAGUGAUAAUAGUACCAUGUAUGUGGUUGGAAAUUAUUUUCCAGGUGGAAACAUGGGUGGAGCUUAUGUACAAAAUGUCUUACCAUUAUGUUGA